AUGCUAUCACAAGCUGCAUCACGGCCACGACCGCCAGGCCUUCGAAGAAUCUCUUCUCAACGGCCUUCGCAACAUGAUGAGGCCCAGCAACCAGACGCUGCGACACCACAGUGCGUCGCAGACGACGCCUCCAGCACGCCGCAUCGCUCCCCCUUUUCCGACGUCCUGAACCGCAUCCACGACCCUACCGUCAAAACUCUCGACAAAUCCCUCUCGUCAAGCCCAUCGACACAGUCACAGACGAAGACAUACAUGCCAACUGGACAGCCUGCCUGCGAUGACAUGAUCGACGAGAAUGAGGGCGCGCCCUUACACACCAUCCCGUCGUCGCUCAGUCAACAAGAUCUUGAUCCUAGCUGGCUCGGCGCUCUGGAACGCCACGAGCUCGAAGAGCUCUUGAUCGAAGCCAGUCGCAAGGUUCGCGAGCGCGAACAGAAGCUCGUCGUCGCCGCCAACAUUGGCAAGGCCCUCUUGGAGAAGAAUCUCUCGCUGCGUAGCGGCAUCAUGUCAAGCAUGGCCUCGAGCUCCAGCCUUUUCGGCCUCGCCGAUAUCGAGGCCAUGAUCGAAGAUUUCGCCGAUCCCUCCGACGCCACCUCAUCCGCCAACCUCGAAGACCAAGGCCUCGAUGAUGGACCUGCACAAUACCCUUCUUCCCGCCCAAUGUACUCUCCUCCAACCACCGACAUCGACAUCCAGUCUCAGGGUCCCUUUUCACCAGCGCGAUCCGAGCCCGACAAUACCCCUUUGGCGCAUCCCGUCCUCCCAGGCACCACCGGUUCAGACUACUUCACACAGCCGACCUCGGACAGGUCAGAUCUGCCCUCAAGAAGUUCUGCGCUGGAUGCACCUUACAGUCCUAUCGUUGUUUCCACCUGGGUUCCCAACGAAUCGGGACUCGUCCCAUCUCAGCCAUGCUCUCCGAGCGCUUCCAUCCGGAGCUUUGCCUCGCAGGCUUUCCUUUCGCCCGUCGACAGCGUGUCUCGUGCACCGUUCAAGAACGGCCGUGCGAACACCCGCCAUCGAUCCCGGCCGUCCCUGGUUCAGAUACAGGCACUUGAAGCACAGAGACAGCUCGCCUCUCUUGGCGAACAGAACGAUGUGUUACAUCAGCAGAUUGCAGAACUUCAGCACGAAGCCGAGAGCGCACGAUUCGAUGGCAGCAAGAGGCUCAACAGACUCAACAAGGAGAUUCGCGGAUUGAAGGCGGAGCUCGAAGCUGCCACAAAGCGCAACAUCGAGCUCGAGACGAGCACCUCAUCCACACGACCUUCCUCUCGAACCCCACUGCGGUCACCAGCGAACCGUGAAUCAUUGUCCCAAGAGCCAAAGUCACCGCUUUUCUCUCUGGAUCGAAGGCAUGGAGCUCCCUCUGCGGCAACGCUGCUUCCCGACUCGAUGCCAGCGGCGAAGGACGACCCGGUCUCGGAGCAACAUGGGCUCGCGCCUUCCACCUCGACUCUUGAGGACCUCGUUCGCUCGACUCAGAGUACGAACGGCGAGAGCGCUUUGGUGGUUCAGCUACUCGCCAAGAUCAAAGAGCUCGAAGAGACCAACGCGGUCAUGGCCAAAGCAGAACUCGAUUUCGGUAAUCGCGUGGGCCGUGCUAUGGAAGAAGACGAGAGGCUUCGCGACGCCUUCAACACAGUCGGUCAAGAUCUUGGUAAAGAUGCCACCUUCGGGGCCCUGGGCCAAGCUUCUGGGAAUGUGGACUCACAUCCUCACCACAGUCCCUCGAAGGUGGCCGCACUCCAGCCCGGGUUUAUGACUCCUUCCGGCUCGCAGCGUAGCCUUGCCUCGCUGGCGUCGUCGGACACGUCCAGCCCCGUUGCUUCCUUGUCUCCCGGCCAGAGAAGGAGAGCUCCUGGCAAUCGCCACAUCAUCGAGCAUCGCAAGACUGUGCGUGCCGCCAUCCGACGUGCCAAGAAAGAGCUCGCCGCGGAGAUCUGGAACCCGAACGGCGAACAGCCGCUCGCAUCCGGCACUACAUUGUCGCGCUCCUCGACGGAACAGUCCCUCGGCACCUACUCGAUCGAUCUGAGCGGUGAAAGCAGUGCGGCUUCCUCGCCUAGGUCUAGGGGUCUUCAUCGAAAAUCCUCGGCCAGCUCGUUCGGCCUCGGGCCUGCAGGCAGACCACGGAUUCGCAUCACGCCUUCCAUCGAAGAUCUAGGUAGGAGGCGAAAGACGCAAGAACGAAUCAUCACCGGUCCCGCGCACGACUCGUCUCCUGCAGAAGACUGGCAGGACGUCAUCACACCAACCUUGGCGAGCUUCCCACGCCAAGAUACGCUCCGACCCGCCGACGCAGUCCAGUCUCACGCCCAUCGAUCGGCCGAUGAGACGCUGGAGGAGCGCGGCCGGGAAAGAAGCCCUGCGAGAACGAGCUGGCAAGCUUCCGCGGCAUCAUCUCCCGCGACAGAUAUGCUGGCCUACCUCUCACCUUCCCGGCAAUGGUCUUCUGAUCCGACGGCUCGCGUGCGAAGGUCUAGGUCGAGGUCCUCGUCCUUCGUUUCCGAUGGACGAUCCGCCCACAGUCCAUCCUUGCGACUGCACAGUCCCGAUUCUUACCUCGGAAGCCGCCCGAGAACAACGCAGAGUCCGGCUUCUGCCUCUUCGCAGCGGGGAAGGACGCUCGGAAGUGAGCUUGGUAGCAUCUUCGGCGGAGACGACCGCAAGAACGACUUUGACGACGACCUACCGCAAAAUCGCCGCACUGUCGUCUCUGCGACUCAGAUUGCGGGAGCUGUAGCGCCGCAGUCUCUGGUUCUCGCCACCAACAAAGCCAUGCCUCUGCAGCUGUGGACUCCCGUGCGGCGACGGGUCGAAUCCGACCGGCCAACGGCUAAUGUUGGCCGACUCGUGCCGGAAAACACGAGCGAGCAUACUGACGAUCUGGAAUGCGUCCUGGCGCAUCCGGCGCACGCUCACGUCGACGACGUCUUUCUAGAUGGGUCUCCACUCCGCCCGCGCGACGCUGCAUUGCUCACCCGCGUCGAAGAUGGAGAGCGGGGCGAGUGGCUGGCCGGCGAGCCUAUCAUCGAGGCGGGCGGGCUGCAGGACGAAGACGAGCCCCGAGGUGCUCAAUUUGAUCUGAUCAGUGCUGUCGUCGAGAACGAGGCAGUAGCAUGGGCGGACGAUGACGACUAUGGUCGAACGAUCAGCCAGCGCGACGCUGUCAAGCUCGGUCUGCUGGCCCCCAGCCCGUCUACUGCGAACGUUCGCAGCCUCAGGGCCAUCGCAGACCGUUCCAUGCGCGGCACUUCGAUCUUCACGUCCACAAAGGCUUCUCACAAGGGUAAGGCCAAGCAGUCCGGAGGUACGCGAGGGGCGGUACCUUUCCGACUCGAGAUUGAGUCGUCAGAACAGGUCGAGGAUCGACUCCGCCUCGAGUCGCUCCUCCGCAGACGAAGACUUGACUUGCUGCGAGAACGAGGUUUCUCUGACGGGCGGACGCCAGACGAGUACGACCGGAAGCAGGAAGAUCAACUCGUGGCCAUGUAUGCCCCGACGCCUCGGCGCAUGCAUGAAAAGCGCCGACGGGCGUUGGAGGGAGAUCCAUCGCGCAGCCAGCUAGCUCUGUCGCCACAAAGUCGCGAGUCGAGCCACUCGAUGCGCCAAUGGCUUCGAGACGUAUCGAGCGUCUCGCCAUCAGUGCGCGACGACGAGGACAGACGAGAUGCCGGGAAUCUUGACCUCGACUGCAUCGGACCCGAGGACGGAGAAUUCGAGCUGCUGGACUGUCCUUCCUGGAAGAAGCAAGGCGGACGUGGCACGGACUACUUCCCGACCUCAUUCCGCGCCCGCUACCGACCGGCGAUGGUGAAGCAGAGGGCGGCGCAUGUGUCGCAGGUCACGUACGCAUGGGUGGAAGAAUGGGUCCAGUUCGCCUUUGUCGUGUUCCUCGCCUUUGUCGUCAUGGUCGAACAGGGACCUAAUCGAGCCAUGCACCGUGCCAAAGCCCAAGCCAAAGGUGGUGCCGUCCAAGCUCUCAUGCCCAAGGCCGAGUAG